AUGUCCAACUUUGCCCAAGAGCUCGGCUGUCGUGUCGAUCUGGCCCCCGCCGUGCUCGUCGUGGGUCAUCGCAACCGAUACCUCUUCAACUGCCCCGAAGGCAUUCAACGCUACUGCCUAGAGUACAAGCUCAAACCACUGAAAUGCUCGCAUGUCUGGGCAACGCGCAUGGCCUGGGACUCGCUUGGAGGUGCCUUUGGGUUUGCUCUGACCUAUGGCCUGGCAGGUCCUCCUGCCAAGCCCCUCAACUUUUACACGCCCGGGGACCUCGGACCAUACCUUGAAAGCGGCAAGGCCUUUUGUGGCGUCAACUACAUGCGACACAAGGACGUUUCCACGGUCGAGACCUUUGCCGACGACGAGCUGCAGAUGCGCAUCUUUGCUCGUCCCUCACCGCGCAGCGCUGACCCUUCGUUCGAGGGCAGCGCCGACCGUGUUUUGUCCUUUGUUGGUCAUUUUUGUGACAAGCCAGGUACCCUCGACGUUGAAAAGGCCAAGGCCUUGGGCGUGCCCCCAGGUCGUUUGUUCGGCCAACUCAAACGCGGCGAGGCCGUGCAAGUUCCAGAUGGCCGUAUUGUGCAGCCAGACGAGGUUCUCUCGCCUCCCCUCUGCCCACCCGCCUUUGCCAUCCUCGACGUCAGCCCCGCAGAGACGCUCGAUAGUCUUCGUCCCGUGGCUGAGCAUUUUGCCAGCCUGGACCGCGAUGGCACAGUCUACCACAUGGCUGCCUGGGCCACCGUACACACGCCCGAGUAUGCCGACCUUUUGAACGCUUUUGGUCCUCGCGCGCGCCACGUUGUCAUGGAUCCCGAGCAGGAUCGACGCAUCACCCAUCUAGCCAACGCCACCAACCAAUGCAUUCUCAACACCAUCCUCCCACCCGUCUUUCCGCGUCCCUACGGCGUCGAGCAGCUUGAUGUACCCACUCUUCCAACAGAGUUCAGCCCCGCCAGCACGCAACAAAUGCAGCAGGAAGGCCGCCUCGUGGCCUCCGACCCCCUUCGAAUCACCUAUCUUCGCGCUGACGUCUCUGAUACGCGGCGGCUGCUCUCAGACAAGCGCCGCACGCGUCAAGACCGGGGCCGCGAGUCGAAGCGCGCCAAGACCGAGGCCACCGAGGCCAACUCGGAAGUUAGCACUGCCACAGAUCUUGCGGACAACGAUGGUGCUGACGUCAGGUAUUCCGAGCAGGCCCGCCAGUUGAUGAAUCGUGAAGCCAUCCUGCGCGGUUCCUGGAUGCCCGUCAAGGCGGCCGAGGCCGCUGCCCUGGUGCGCGCCCUGCCCGAGUAUCAAAAACGCCUCCCCACCACCAAGUUUGAAGACUCGGCGAGCGCCACACCCAGCUGGAACAAUCCGGUGGUCCACUUUCUAGGAACUGGUUCGGCUGUGCCAAGCAAGUAUCGUAAUGUCACCUCCAUGCUCGUGGCCCAACACGACGACGAGGCAGCCCUGCAGUGGACCUUGCUCAUGGACGCCGGAGAAGGCUCAACGGCACAGCUCCUUCGUCUGCUGGGCCCCACAGCGCAAGCAGAGCACUUGGCCAAGUUGGCAGUUGUGCACAUUUCACACGUGCACGCUGACCACUUGCUGGGGAUGCCUGGCUUGAUGCGGGCUCGCAAGCGCGCCAGAGCGGCGCGGGGCGAGCCCAACUCACCCCUGUGCAUUGUUGGUCCCAUGGCCAUCAUGAAGGUCUUGCGCACGGUCGGGUUUGUGCCCAAACGUGACUUUUACUUUCUGCGGAACGACUUUUGCUUUCCAGCUGAGCUGCAACAGGACGAGAGCUCGGAAGUGGAAGAUUCAGGUCUGGUCAAGGCCACGCGCGACGCCCUGGCCUCCACCUUGGCAAAGAUGCAACUGUCGCUCCAGACGCUGCCCGUGAAUCAUUGCCGGCAUGCCACUGGUCUGAGCCUGCGCUCCACUCGCGGCUGGUCGCUGACCUGGUCGGGUGAUACCCGGCCCUGUGACGUUUUUGCCCGUUUCUGCCCUGACGUGGACCUGAUGAUCCACGAAGCCACCUUUGAGGCUGAGUUGCAGGCAGAUGCCGUCGGCAAGCGUCAUAGCACCACCGAGGAGGCCAUCACAAUCGCCAACGAUACGCGGGCUCGUGCUUUGCUGCUGACGCAUUUUUCGCAGCGUUAUCCACGCAUCCCCAAGCCCGAGAGUGCCAAGCCAAACAUGCCAACGGCUGUGGCCUUUGAUUUAAUGUCCAUUCCACUUCGAGCCGUCGAAGGGCUGGCCCCUUAUCUUGAUGUGCUACAAUAUGUUUUUGAGCAGUUUUACAGCGAGGAGGACGCCGAUGAACUUGAAUAG